AUGGAGGGCGCACUGCUGGCGCCGCUCGCCCUCCGUCUGCUCUUGCUCGCAGCGCUGCCGGCCGCAGGGUGGCUGAAGACGGGUACCCCUGAGCCGCCGCCGCCCGGAGCUCCGAAGGACAGCAUCCGAAUUAAUGUAACUAUUCCAAAAGAUGAUGGGGAGAUAUAUGAAGAACAGGUUAUUCUUAACAUAACCUAUGAGAGCGGACAGUUAUAUGUAAAUGACUUCCCUGUAAAUAGUGGUGUAACCCGAAUAACCUGUCAGACUUUGAUAGUGAAGAAUGAAAAUCUAGAAAAUUUGAAGGAAAAAGAAUAUUUUGGAAUUGUCAGUGUAAGGAUUUUAGUUCGUGAGUGGCCUAUGACAUCUGGUUCCAGUUUGCAACUAAUUGUCAUUCAAGAAGAGGUAGUAGAGAUUGAUGGAAAACAAGCUCAACAGAAGGAUAUUACCGAAAUUAAUAUUUUAGUUAAGAACCAGGGAGUACUCAGACAUUCAAACUAUACACUACCUUUGGAAAAAAGCAUGCUGUACUCCAUUUCCCGAGAUGAUGAUGUUUUAUUUACCCUUCCCAACCUCUCCAAAAAAGAAAGUGUUAGUUCACUACAGACCACCAGCCAAUAUCUUGUCAGGAAUGUGGAAACCACUGUAGAUGAAGACGCUUUACCUGGCAAAUUACCUGAAACUCCUCUCAGAGCAGAGACUCCAUCUUCCUAUAAGGUGAUGUGUCAAUGGAUGGAAAAGUUCAGAAAAGAUCUGUGUAGGCUCUGGAACAGUAUUUUCCCAGUGUUCUUUAUGUUUUUGAAUGUCAUGGUGGUUGGAAUCAUAGGAGCAGCUGUGGUAAUAACUGUCUUGAAGGUGCUUUUCCCUGUUUGUGAAUACAAAGGAAUUCUUCAGUUGGAUACAGUUAAUGUUAUACCUGUGACAGCUGUCAACUUAUAUGCAGAUGGUCCUAAGAAAACAGCAGAAAACUUUGAAGAUAAAACAUGUAUUUGAAAUACUGUCUCAAAUCAUGGACUCUGAAUUAGUCUUUUGGCUCUGAAUUGACACUUGAAUGUUUCUUUAAAUCAUUAAGAAACGGUUUAAACACUAGGGAAAUUGCUCAACUCCUAAAACUUGACCUUUAAAAUGUCAAGUUAUAGUUCACCUUAUUCUUUAACUAGGCUGGCUGUUCAGAUGAUGAAUUAUUAAGGAAAAUUUAAAGUGGAAGAGAAGACUUGUGAAGAAACUUUGAAAUUACCAAAAAGGAAAAAAAAAAGGCAAGAUAAAAUGCCAUGUGCCAAUACUUUACAGGUGCCUUUGUUAAGGAAAUUAUAUCCACUUAAUUACUAUAAUAU